UAUCAAAUCAAAUAUACUUGUUGUAAAAAUAAUUCUGGUUUUUGAUUAGGUAUUCACAAAAAUUUAAUUAAGGGUUUAAAUUACUAAUGUGUUGCAUGCUUCUGUUAAUCAAAUGGAACAUUCAAUUUUAGAAGCUCUUCAAAGUUUAGAAUACAAUGGUGAAUUAUGUUCUUAUGCAACUUUAAAAGAAGCUGUUUAUGAAAAGAAUGUACCACAGUCUUUCAGAAAUUUAGUUGUAUGGUUGGCCUCACACAUUAAAAUGGAUAUUGACCUUAAAGAAAAUGUUUCAGGAGAUCCUGCUACAUUCGAUCUGGAUGUUAAAGGAUUAGUUAGAGAAUUAGGUUGUCCUUAUACUGAAGUAAUUCAAUCAAACAGAUUUGAGACAGCUGAAAGUCGACUUUUUUUAUUAGAUUUUCUGGCCUCUGAAUUGCAAGCUUGCAGAAUGACAAAAGACCAUAUCAAAGACCAGAAUCAGAUGGAGCAUUCCCAGGAGAACAGCAGUAUUCUUACAAUAUGUGUACAAACAAUAUUCAAUGUUCUCAAAAUUUCAAUGAACACAACUCAACCAUUUGUUGCAAUUGAGACCAAAAACAUUGCUAAAAUAGAUUGCAAUUUUCUUUUCAAGUUAAAAAAGCUGUUAUCUACAUUACCAAAUGAUUAUAUACCUCCUCCUUUACUUAAAAAAUCCCUUUCUCAAAAUCAAUGGGAUCUAGUUUCUAAAAUUAAUGAUGGUCUAUGCCAAGAGUACAGACUGAGACGAGAAUUACUCAUCAAACGAGUAGAUGUUACUAUUCAAUCAUUUACUUGGACUGAAAAAAUGAAGAAAAAAGUUGAUGAAGUUUCGGAAUCAUUUAAUUCUAUAAGAUCAGCUUUGCAACCACACUCUCUUACUUCUAUUGCAGAUGUACUUGCUGCACGAACUGAUUUGUGCACAAUUGAAAGAACAAGUAGUGGCAAAGCAAGAGAUAGUCUGAAGUGUGCCAUUAACAAACAUAUGAUUGGUGCUGUACCUGACAGAGGCGGUAGAGCAUCUAGCAUUCCUCCUCCACCAGAUAUGCCUAUGUUUAAACCAAGGACACCAGAUUCUGCAGCAGAUCAUAGAGGAGGACAUCAAGAACCAGUUAGAGGAUCUUUUCGAGGUCGUGGAGGAAGCUGGAGAGGUCGUGGAGCAUCUGAUAGUCAUCGUGGAAGUCGUGGUGGAUAUUCAGGAAAAGAAGAUAAAAUUUAUUACAGCUGACAGCAAUAAUCUUUAUGAAAGAUAUCGAUAUAUCAUAUUAAAUGACCUUUUACACAAUAUGCUUCUUUCAACAGUCGGUCACAAUAUUUUCAGAAAAUAUCAGACAAUAUAGAAUACAUAACAAUGUAUUUUUCUUUUUGUUCUUAAAAUGAAAGUAUUUUACACACGUUACAAACAUUAAUUUAUUGUAUAUUUUUUUAGUGCUAAGACUCGUUGUUAUUA